UACAUGCGCUGUGCUUGUGCGAAAGCGCGCCAACAGGAUAGCCCAUUGGUUUCAUAGACUGAGUAGCACAAUUUUUAAACAAUUUUUGCAGGACAUGGCAUCCACAGACAACACAAAGUCAAGGAACCUGCCGUGGGUUGAGAAGUACCGGCCACAAACUUUGGAUGACCUUAUCUCACACCAAGACAUUCUGAGUACAAUUCAGAAAUUUAUUAGUGAGGACCGGUUGCCUCACCUGCUGUUCUAUGGACCUCCCGGCACAGGAAAGACGUCUACCAUCCUGGCUUGUGCCAGGCAGCUCUACAAGGAUAAGGAAUUUAACUCCAUGGUCCUAGAGCUGAACGCAUCGGACGACAGAGGUAUCGAUGUUGUACGAGGGCCCAUCCUGAGCUUUGCCAGCACCAGGACCAUUUUCAAGAAAGGCUUUAAGUUGGUUAUCCUGGACGAAGCGGAUGCUAUGACUCAGGAUGCCCAGAAUGCAUUGAGGAGAGUCAUCGAGAAGUUCACGGAAAACACCAGGUUCUGCCUGAUCUGUAACUACCUGUCCAAGAUCAUCCCCGCCCUGCAGUCCCGGUGCACCCGCUUCCGAUUCGGACCCCUGUCCCCGGACCAGAUGGUCCCCCGUCUGGAGCACGUCGUCCAGCAGGAGAAUCUCGACAUCACCCCAGACGGAAUGAAGGCCAUCGUGACUCUGUCCACAGGAGACAUGAGAAGAUCUCUGAACAUUCUGCAGAGCACCAGCAUGGCGUAUGGAAAGGUGACAGAGGACACCGUGUACACUUGCACGGGUCAUCCACUCAAGUCGGACAUCGCAAACAUCCUCGACUGGUCGUUGAACAAAGACUUUACCUCAGCAUACAAGCAGAUCCUGCAGCUAAAAACCUUGAAAGGUCUGGCUCUGCAUGACAUUUUGACAGAAGUACAUCUGCUCAUACACAGAGUGGACUUCCCACCAUCAAUUCGAAUGGGCCUGCUCAUCAAGUUGGCAGACAUUGAGUACAGGCUAGCUUCUGGGACCAGCGAGAAGAUCCAGCUGAGCUCCAUGGUCGCAGCCUUCCAGGCCGUGCGGGACUUGGUGGUCAGCGACGGCUAGGCUCCUCCCCCGUCGCGUGAUUCCAGAGCUUUGCAAUCAAACGGCUUGAAUUUGAGCAGAGGGGUUGGGGGGGGGGGGGGUCUUUUUGUACACAGUGGAUCUUUUGACUGAAAACUACAAAAAAAGUUACUGGAGAUAAAUGCUUUCCAAAUGUAAAUAUUAAAAAAAGAAAUCCUUUGAAAUAAAUGUAUCUGGCUCUUCUGAUAGAUUCAAGGUCAGUGCAGUUAGGAGACCUGAAAGGUCAACUCAACACAAUUCCCAUCACGGGAAAACACUGCAGUUCGCCCAGCCAGGGAGAACACUGAACGCACGGAGGCUGAAGCCAGAGGUUCUCCAUCCAGAGACCACAAAAUGAAGACAAGGGUGCAAAAGUUCCCCCGUCAUCAGCGGUCUGUUUACAACGGCGCAUUGUACAUGUUGACACUGACAACACGUCACAUUUAAGGUCGUUUCCCCACAAAUGAAGCCAAUCUAUUCAAUCUUACCACUAACCCAGUCAUCCCUUUGCCCUUGCAUUUUAAGCAAGUAACCUUUUGACAGUUAUAUUCUAUGAAUUCAUCUUAUGGAGUUCAGUGGAAGAACCUUGAUUACAUUCUUUACUCGGAAGUGAAUCGAGAUUAAACUGAACAGAAGCACAAAUAUUGAUGUUGAGUAACGGAAUUGCUGAUCACAUCACAUUUUACUGUAUUAAAUUGCGUCAUGUCUACAAAAAACAGCUACGCGAGAGAAUAUCUGAUGAACAACUCAAACUCAUCCAUUCAAUCCUGCUUCUAAACAUGAGAGUACUAUAGGGUCAUACAGUAAACU